CUGUUUCUGACGUUUUUGACGGAGUAGCUCGCGUGCGUUGGUGCAUUUCAGUGUUUCGCAUCGAUACGUAGUGAUUUUUUAAUUGAAUUUUCCACUGCAUUAAUUAGCAUUUGCCUAGUGAAACAAUAAGGAAAGAAACAAUGGCAUCGCUCAAUUUGGCCGUGUUGUCCAAAAUUUCCAAGUUGGCGCCUAUCAUCACGAAAAAUUUGAUGCGACCAACGUUACAAACUCGUGCUAUUCCCGCUUCCGGACUUGGUUCGCUGCGACACUACUCCAAUGAGGAAGCCACCAAAAAGGACGAAGAGCUGUCCGAAAAUGAGAAGAAACUGACCACCGAAAUUGAGGGACUCAAAAAGGAAACGGAUUCUCUGAAUGAAAAAGUGAAAGAACUUGAUGAUAAAUACAAACGUGCCCUAGCCGAUGGAGAGAACAUGCGGCGGCGGCUGACGAAGCAGAUCGAAGACGCAAAGCUGUUCGGUAUUCAGGGUUUCUGUAAGGACCUUUUGGAAGUGGCUGAUAUUCUGGGUCAUGCCACGGAAGCAGUGCCGAAAGAGGAGAUUUCGGAUAAGAACCCCCAUUUGAAGAACCUCUACGAAGGGCUCACAAUGACCAAAGCACAACUGAAUCAGGUUUUCAAGCGGCACGGAUUAGAAACGGUCAAUCCCCUGAAUGAGAAGUUCAACCCAAAUCUUCACGAAGCGCUAUUUCAACAGGAAGUGCAAAACGUAGAACCAAACACGGUGGUUGUGGUGAGCAAAAUCGGCUACAAACUGCACGAGCGAUGCAUACGGCCGGCAUUGGUUGGCGUCUCGAAGGGAUAAAUUGCGGCAGCGAAUUUGUUUGAGUUUUUCAACGGACAAUGUGUGAAUGUACUACAAGAGGAUUCCAAUGUAAUUAGAGUGUAUGCCAUUCUCGUGGCGUCGAUUUGUUGUAUAGCGCUAAGUAGAGCUGAGUUACUGAGAUUCGGCCGUUCAAAUGGACGAUCAAUAAUAAUGAGAAUAGAUGAAACCAAAAA